AACACUAAUUAAUAAGAAUUGCUGUUUUGAAAUUAGAUUCAUGAUUCAUGUGUGCGCCAAAAUAACCCAUUUGCAGAAACGAAAAUUUUGAGAGAGAAAGUAACGUCGAAAAUGGUGGUGGAGGAAGGAAGUCCGAAGAGCCCAGAGGCGAAGCUAGGGCUGGAAGUGGAGGACCUGUGGGACGUACAAGAGCCACAGCUAUCUCCCACGGAGAAGCUUAAUGCCUGUUUCGAAAGUAUUCCCGUUUCCCAGUUUCCACAAACUUCGUCUUCGGAAGUAAUUGAGAUUAGAUCGGAUGCCAGUCUGGGUGAAGCUGUUCGAUUACUCUCCCAAAACAAACUCCUCAGCGCACCAGUUGUAGACGUCGAUGCACCAGAAGAUUCCAGUUGGAUCGAUCGAUAUCUUGGUAUAGUCGAAUUCGCAGGCAUCGUCGUUUGGAUUCUACAUCAGGUUCACAUACUUCCAUUUCUUCCCCCAAAUCACAAAUUUCUUGCCGCCGCCGCCAGCGGCAUGUCUUCCCCGAGAUACAGAAGCUCACAGCCAGGUUCUCCAAAAACCGCCGGGAACUUCUUUGAACUUUUAACUUCUUCCGAUUUCUAUAAAAACACAAAGGUUAAAGACAUCUCAGGGACAUUUCGUUGGGCUCCAUUUCUGGCAUUACAACCAUCAAACUCCUUUCUCACCAUGCUUUUACUUCUAUCAAAGUACAGAAUGAAAAGUGUCCCAGUUGUUGAUUUAGGUGAUAGAAAGAUUGAAAAUAUCAUCACUCAAUCUGCAGUGUUUCAUAUGUUGGAAGAAUGUGUUGAUCUUCAGUGGUUCAAAAGCUGGGGAUCCAAGAAAUUACAUGAAAUCGGUCUUCCUCUUAUGAAAUCUAAUCGGAUUAUUAAGGUAGAAGAAGAUGAACCCGUUCUUCAGGCGUUUAAAAUCAUGCAAGAGAAGGGAGUCGGUGGUGUUCCGGUGGUGGCUAGCGGCGGCGGCAACAAAGCGGUUGGUAAUAUCAGCAUUAGAGAUAUUCAAUUCCUUCUAAUUGCCCCUGAGAUUUAUAAAGAUUACAGAUCGAUUACGGCUAAGAAUUUUAUAACAGCGGUGAAAAGCUACUUGGAGAAGAAUCAGAAGGGGUCGGCAUUGAUGAGUGAGAUGGUUAGUUGCAGAAAAGAUGAUACGCUUAAAGAUGUGAUUUUGAAGCUUGAUUCGUUAAAGAUUCAUAGGAUUUAUGUGGUGGAUAAUGAAGGGAAGCUUGAAGGGUUGAUAACGCUGAGAGAUAUUAUAUCCAGGUUAGUACAUGAGCCUAGAGGGUAUUUUGGGGAUUUCUUUGAUGGUAUUUUGCCCAUACCUCAAAACUCGAGGGUUUAGGAGAGAAAAAAAAAAUGAUCAGAUAAUAAAACCUUUUUGUCGGGAAGAGUCUAUUGUUAAAUUGUAAGUAAGUCUUUUGGUUUGUUUUUGGUAUCUUGUUUAUUUUGAAAGAAUGAAGAAUUCUUGGUGAAUCGAUUCGAUUGUAUUCAUGGUAUCUAAUUCAACAACCGUUAAGUUGAGAGA